GUUCGUUUACUGGUCUAUAUAAAGCAAAAGUAGCAAAGUAAAAUAUUGGUCUUUUAAGAGUAUUACAGAAAAAUGGCGAAAAAUAUACUGGACGUGUAUGUAAAAAUGCCUUCAGGCAAGAACGUACAGUUUGACAUGGAGUACUGCCAGACUAUAGAAGCGCUCAGUAAUUUGGUAGCAUUGAAGGAAGAUGUCAACCCCAAACAGAUUCAACUGAAAUACCAAGGGAAAAUUUUAAAUCCUUCAUCAACAUUAAAUUAUCUAGGAGUGCGACCGGAGACUAUCCUUAAAGCGGAGAUCCUGGAAUCACGAAAGAUCACCCUGCGGUGUAAAUUGAAUGAAGACGAGACAGAAGAUAUACACAUUGAUACGCUGGACACGACCACAGAUUUAUUUCGCAGGAUUCAAAAUAUAACAACCUUUGUCAACAAAACCAUUCAAACGAGAGGUGGAGUGAAUGUACUAAAUUCAGGGAAGAAAUUAAAGGAGGUCGGACUCUCAGACGGAGAUGUAUUAAUAGUUAAAGAGUUAGCUUCACCCACACCUACAUUAUCGGAUGCACCACAAUCUUCAGCAGACAACUUCCAGCUGAUGGACAUCAAGUCCAGUUUUGAUGCUCAAGGUCGCAAUGUCGAGGUUGCGUUUUCUUUCGAUACUACGGGAAGCAUGUAUUCAUAUUUAAAUACAGUCCGAACAAAACUUAAAGCCACGUGUGAACGUCUAUUGAAAGACAUACCAAACAUACGAAUUAGUUUGAUAGCCCAUGGCGAUUACUGCGACCAGGAUAGCUCAUACGUCAUCAAGAUGGUAGAUUUUACGUCAGAUGUUAACAGGCUGAUGAAAUUUGCAAAAGAUGUUCCUGGUUCUGGUGGUGGUGAUACACCCGAAUGCUACGAAUGGGUCUUACGGAAAGCCCAAACACUUGACUGGGCUGAAGACUCCGCUAAAGCUCUAGUUGUUAUUGGGGACAGCCCACCACAUGGAGUUGGAUAUACAGACCAGCAAAUUAACUGGCACCAGGAAUUAGAACUUCUUACUGGUAUGGGGGUCAAAGUUUACGGAGUUCACGCUGGUGGGUCAACUGUAAGUCGCCCAUUUUAUGAGGAAUUGGCAGAUCGUUCUGGAGGUUGCUAUAUUCCCCUUCAACAUUUUGACGCCAUAACCGACAUGUUUUUAGCCGUCUGUUACCGAGAAGCAAGCGAUGAUCAGCUUGGAGAAUUCGUUCAAGAAAUUGAAGACGCUGGCGAAAUGACGGAGGCUAAAAAGGAAAUGUUCAAACGGUUGGAGGAGACAUCCAAAGAAGAUAAAGACAAAGAAAAGAAGCCAGAACGACGAGAUAUCAGAUACUCUUGGUGGAACAAUGGUACCGCCACAGAAAAUCUUCAAUACCUUUAUAAUGAACAGACUGACGUUUGGUCCAGCCAACGUUCCACACGUACCAUUCCCCGAACAAAGAAGAUUCGACAAUCCUUUCGAAAAAAGCUGGACAGAAAGUCCUGUGUUUUAAUGUAGACAUUGAACACGACUAUAAAACAAUUCCGGGAAAACGAUCAUGUGUGAAUUUAUGUCCAUUAUGUAUUUACUGUGAUGUUCUUGUCUGAAUAGAAGAUGGUCUAUACAUUAAUAGGACAUGACCUAUACAUUAAUAGGACAUGUUCUAUAAAUUAAUAGGACAUGGUCUAUACAAUAGGAGAUGGUCUAUACAUUAAUAGUAGAUGGUCUAUACAUUAAUAGGACAUGGUCUAUACAUUAAUAGGACAUGGUCUAUACAGUACAUUAAUAGGAUAUGGUCUAUACAUUAAUAGAUGGUCUAUACAUUAAUAGAUGGUCUAUACAUUAAUAGGACAUGGUCUAUACAUUAAUGGAACAUGGUCUAUACAUUAAUAGGAGAUGGCCUAUACAUUAAUAGGAGAUGGCCUAUACAUUAAUAGUACGGAACUGAAGGGUGACAAUCGAAUAUGAUUGAAUCACCUCUCACCUUACUCAUAACCAUUCAAUUAAAGUAAUGUACAUAUUUUAACUAUGUGUAUUCUUUGUACUGUGGUUUGUAAUAUAAAUACAUCUACAUUAUAUUAUGUGUUAUGUAAAUAGUGUUUAUACUAAUAAUAUAAAUACAAUUAUUAAAGAUACAUUAUGGGAGAUAAGUUAAAGAGCUGGUAGUUCUCACUAUAAUUGUUAAUAAUGAGAUGAUGUAAAGGGAAUAUGCUUAAAAUUUCAGUCAAAUUGCUCCACUCUGAACCGAAAUAUUAGUGAUUGAAUUUUAGGCAUAGCUUCGAUCAUCAUUACUAAAGUCAGUAAGAUAAAAAAAAAAAACAUUGUUUCGAUUAUCCAUUUUUGGGUUUAAUCA